AUGGAGGUCCUCCAGAAGGAGAACCCGGGGCCCCCGGCCUAUUCCGCUGUGGUGGCGAAGCCAUCUAGCACAAGGAGAUUUCUAAGAAUUGGGGCCAUUGCCCUCAUUGGAGGAGCCCUCCUCCUCCUCUUUGGAGCCAUUGGCGCCUUUUAUUACUGGAAGGUGAACGACAAAGAGGUCUAUAAUGUCCACUACACAAUGAGCAUAAAUGGAAAAGUACAAGAGGGAUCAAUGGAAAUUGAUGCAGGGAACAACUUGGAGACCUUUAAAACUGGAAGAGGAGGAGAAGAGGCUGUUGAAGUUCAUGAUUUUCAGAUUGGCAUAACUGGAAUCCGUUUUGCUGGAGGAGAGAAAUGCUACAUAAAAACUCAAGCUAAAACUCACAUCCCUGAAGUCAAUGCAAUGACAAAAGAGAGCCUCUCGUUUGAUCUGGAAGAUGAAAUAAUGCCAGCUAAAUUCGAUGAAAACUCUCUUGUUUGGGUUGCUGCAGACCAGCCAAUAAAGAAUAACAAUUUCCUGAGUCCCAAAAUUUUAGAGCUUUGUGGAGAUCUGCAGAUUUUCUGGCUUCAGCCAUCCUACCCAAAAGUUGGGCAAAGAAGAAAGAGAGGGGCUACUAGGAAAGCACGCCAGACCAACUUGGAUAUGGACCAAUUUGAAGCUGCUGCUGAAGAAGUAAACACUAGACCACGUACCAGCCCGCAGACUCAGCGGCGUGAACGUCCAUCUAACACUACCCAGCCUUCUGAAAGAGAUGUCAGACCAGCUUUUAAUCCAGAUAAUCCUUACCAUCAACUAGAAGGAGGUGAAGGAAUGUCUUUUGAUUCACGGCUAGAUCAUGAAGGUGUCUGCUGUAUCGAGUGUAGACGGAGCUACACACAUUGCCAACGAAUCUGUGAGCCUCUCCUGGGCUACUAUCCAUGGCCCUAUAACUACCAAGGAUGCCGUUCUGCUUGCCGACUUAUCAUGCCUUGCAGCUGGUGGGUUGCCCGCAUCUUGGGCAUUGUAUAAAGACGAGUCUUGCAUGAAGAGGCCCAGGACUAUGAAACGGAAAUUGCUAUGUACCUUUAAAUUCUAUGUAUGCUAAAUGUAAAUAAGUUGAAAAUCUCAAAUUAAAAUUUCACUAGUUCCACAAAUGCAGAGUUGGAAUCUGGCAGUCUUUUGUAAAACCAUACCCUCCAAUGCCUGCUGAAAGUGGAUUUUUUAAAAAAAAAUUGUCUAGAGACAGUUUAAAUCUUUUGCUUAUGAAUAAAAGCUCCCUCAGAAA